AUGCUUUGUUUGCUUAGCUUCCAUACCAUUGAAUAUUGUUGUUCCACUUCCAACGACACAAACCCCUGGAACUAUCUUGACUCUUACUGUGGAAAUAUUACAUACAAUCCUAACAGUCCUUCCGGCAGCAUUUACAGAGCCAAUCUGAAUUUCUUGCUUGACACUCUGUCUUCGCAUGCAUCUUGGACAGACAACAAUGGCUUCUAUAAUUUCAGUACUGGCGAUGACCCUUCAAACAAGGUCUAUGGCCUCUUUCUCUGUCGAGGUGAUGUCAACACUGAUGUUUGCAAAGAAUGCGUCGCAGAUGCCCGCACACGACUACUUCAUGAGUGCCCGAAUAAAACAGCUGCUAUUGUUUGGUAUGACGAGUGCUUGGUACGUUUUUCUGACCAGACGAUCUUCUCCAAGGCUGAUUUGGGAGAGAAUUUGACUAGGCGCAAUCCAUUCGAUGUCCCUGGACCUGACUGGGACAAAUUCAAAAUGGUAUUGAUCAAUUUGUUGCAUAACGCUGCGGAUAAGGCUGCAAAUCAUACCACGGGCAAAAAGUUUGCUGUCGAAGAAGGCAAUUAUUCCACUGAUCAAAAGAGAUUGUAUACCCUUACGCAGUGCACACCAGAUCUAUCCCCUUAUGACUGCAAAAGGUGUCUCACAGAGGCUAUAAUAGAUGUACCCGCGUGCUGUUCCAAGAAGCAGGGAGGGAGAGUAAUUUAUCCAAGCUGUAACCUGAGGUAUGAGGUCUCCAGCUUCUAUGAUACUGUAUCCUCUGCAUCGCCAAACUCUCCUGGCGGUCCUCCUCCUAAAUCCACUGAAGAUGGAGUUGCUGAAAUCCUAACAGCCGAAUCCUUACAGUAUAGCUUAACUGAAAUUCAAAUUGCCACAAAUAACUUCUCUAUGGAUAACAAAAUUGGCGAAGGUGGAUUUGGUCGUGUAUACAAGGGUGUACUUGGUAAUGGACAAGAAGUAGCUGUCAAAAGGCUGUCAAGGAGCUCAGUGCAAGGUGCAGAAGAAUUUAAAAAUGAAAUUGUAGUAGUUGCAAAGCUUCAACACAGAAAUCUAGUUCGGCUAUUGGGAUUUUGCCUGGAAGGAGAAGAAAAGAUACUCAUCUAUGAAUUUGUUGCCAACAAAAGCCUUGACUACUUUCUCUUUGAUCCAGAAAAUAAACGAUCAUUGAACUGGUCAAGACGUUACAAUAUCAUUGGAGGUAUAGCAAAAGGACUUCUUUAUCUGCAUGAGGAUUCUCGUCUAAGAAUUGUUCAUCGCGAUCUCAAAGUAAGUAAUAUAUUAUUGGAUGGAAAUAUGAGUCCAAAGAUAGCAGAUUUUGGCAUGGCAAAGAUUUGUGGAGUUGAUCAAUAUGAAGGAAACACAAAUAGAAUUGCUGGGACAGUUGGUUAUAUGGCUCCUGAAUACACAAGGUGGGGUCAGUUCUCACUAAAGUCAGACGUGUUUAGUUUUGGGGUUGUAAUUUUGGAAAUUGUCACGGGCAAGAAGAGCAGUGACUUCCAUCAAUCUAGAGAUUCCGAAGACCUUCUAAGCUAUGCUUGGAACCAUUGGAGACUCGGCCAAACUUUAGCUCUUUUGGAUUCAAGCAUUGGAGAUUCUUAUGCCAGAAAUGAAGUCAUUCAAUGCAUCCAAGUUGGCUUACUAUGUGUUGAAGAAGAUGCCAGUAAAAGACCCACAAUGGCUUCCGUGGUCUGCAUGCUCAAUCCUGCUUCUGUUUCCCUACCAACUCCACAUCGUCCGGCAGUUUUCCGGAGCAAUGGAUCGGAGAGCAGGGUAGACGAGCUGAAAGUUGAUCAAUCCAACACUCAAAGAAUUUCAGCUCCAAGCUCUGUCAAUGAUGCAUCAAUUACUGAACCAUAUCCCAGAUGAAGGAAGAAAUAGGCCAAUUCUGGAAGAAAAUAUCAAGUUCAUCAUCAGCAUUAUGUUGUAGAUUUUGAAGCAUGAUUCAUUUACCAGGAAGGUAUCUAAAUUUGCCCACUAUUGUUGGAAAUUAGGGGAUCGUUUCAAU